AUGCCAGACGCAGACACGAUACCCACAGAUCAAGACGACGAGUACAAGUCAAGCGAGGAUGAAGACUUCAAUCCGGAUGAGGUAGACGCGCAACAAGAUGAGGACUUGUCCUCGGAUGAAGACGAUGCGCCGCAACCAAAGAAAGCCUCCAAGAAGCGAAAGAAGGCCCAACAGGAUGCCGAAGAACUCGACUCUGGAGAUGAAGCGACAAUAACAGAACUCAAGAAGGCCAAAAAGUCAAAAGCAGACGAUGAUGAGGAUAGCGCUGGCGAGGGAGGUCUGAUCAAGACGCGAGCUCAGAGAAGAGCAGAGUAUCAAGAGCGUCAAGAAUACCAAAAAGCCAACACUGACAAUGUCACCGUCGAUGUCGAUGCCCUCUGGGCUUCCAUGACCGCAAAACCCAUCGGUCGACCGUCGCGAGAACAACCGAAACUCGUAGAAGACGUACCUGAGCAAGACGGUGAGCCUGGAAAGGCCGACAAGACAGCCAUGCAGGAUGGCGAAGAUGACGACGGCAUGAUCACCAUCAAGCGGUCCUACGACUUCGCUGGCCAAAAAGUGACAGAAGAGAAGCGCGUACACAAAGACUCAGCCGAAGCGAAACUCUUCCUCGCAAACAAUGAUCCUGCAAAACAGACAAAACCAAGUUCACCAACGCCAAAGGAUGAUCAGCCCGCUCUUCGCCGUCCUCUACGCCGCGCCUCAAAAUUCGAGCCUAAUCCUACUGGCGAAGUCAAAGGAUUGCCACCAGAGCGCCAACGACUGCGCACUCCUUCUCGAGCUGAUUUCCUGGCGCAACAAAAGAGAUUGGAAGAAGAGGCCAAGAUGGGCAAGGCCGUCAAACUCAAUACCGUUCAAAAGUCGGCUAUCGACUGGGCUGCCCAUGUGGAUCAAGAAGGACUCAAAGACGAAUUGGACGAGUACGGCCGAAGCAAACAGGGCUACAUUGGCAAGAUGGACUUUUUGCGUGGUGUGCACGGCAAGAAAGAGGAGGAAGAACGAAAGGCUCGUAUGGCUCAGUCUUCUGCAUGA